UCAAUGUCUCAAUCACUUGCGGAACUUGGUUGGCGAACCUUCAAUUUUUUUACAUUGACACCUGCUCGUGAUCCAAGUGACCCAUCUAAAAAAGCUACAUUUCUUCAAGGAAUUGAUAUUCUUUGUUGGGCACCAGGAAAUGGUUAUGUUAUUUUUGGCGAACCAAAAGGAGCUGUAUUUCAAUUAGAAAAAAGUUUGGACAUUCGAUUUUUUAAAGUUUUUAAACAACGGCUUAUUCAUUUUGCAUUGGCAAAGAAUCUACUUGUUGCUAUUGGAGAUGAUGCAGAUGAUCUUUCCACAUUUUCUCCAACUUCAAGUUCCUCACAAGGAAUGCCAGUUUUGAAGAUUUGGGAUUUAAGUCAGUGGAAUGAAACUGUUGCCCCUAAAUGUAAACAUUCUUUUCCUUUGAAUUUGGGCAGGAAAAUAGAUGCUAGCAAAGCUUCUGUUGUAGCUGUUAGUCAAAAUUUAUCAAUUUUGGUUGUUGGUCUCUCAAAUUCUUCUCUUUUUUAUGCUUUUGGUGAUUGGCAAAAAGACCGACCAAAAUUUCGUUCACUUCGAGAUGGAUCAAAUAUUCUAAAAACUGGUCAUUUAGUUGGAAUAGCCGUAGCAUCAAUUAGAGAUCGUACAAUUAUUACGUGUAUAACUGAAAAGUCUUUAAAUUCUUAUAUUUUGGGAAUUGAUGGGAAUUUACUUCAAACAGCCAUUCACGAUGCUGAAGGUUGUGAACGGAAUUGUUGGUUCUUUUCUCCUUCAAAUAAUCAAUUGCUUGUUUCGAAUAGAGAUAUGGUCUAUUUUUACAAUUUGGAAGAUUGCUUAGAAAUGGGUGCCGAAAAUGGAAGAUGUCAUGCAUUAAGCAGAGGUAAAGAUAAAAUUCAACUUUUACAACGUGAAGGACUUGUUGCAUUACUUACUGAACAAGAUGCACAUAUCCAAUCUAAAGGAAAUUCAAAAAUGACUUUAUUAAAUAUUUACGAUAUUGAGCAACGUUAUAUUGCUUUCUUUUGUUCAAUGCCUUCCCCUUGCCAUCUAUUUUUGUUGGACAGCGACAUUUAUUUAUUGAAUUCUGAAGGAGUUUUGUGUAGAUUAGUUGAAGAAAACUUGAACACAAAAUUGGAAAUCUUGCUAAAGAAGAAUUUAUUUGAUUUGGCAAUUAGCAUUGUACGACAAAGUCGAUUUACUACAGUUGAUCAGUGCAAGAGUAUUUAUAUGAAAUAUGGAGAUUAUUUAUAUACCAAGGGUGACUUUGAUAAUGCAAUGAAACAAUACACAGAAACGAUUGGACAUGUAGAGCCAUCUAAAAUUAUUAAAAAAUUUCUCGAUGGAACAAGAAUAUCCCAGCUUUGUUUUUAUUUGGAAACUUUACAUAACCAGUCGAUUGCUAUCGGGGAACACACAACACUUUUAAUUAGUGCUUAUGUCAAACUUAAUUCUGUCCAAAAAUUAAAUCAAUUUAUUGAUCAAAAUGAACAUUAUUUAGUAAAAGAAGGUUUUGAUGCAGAUGCAGCAAUUAAACUUCUCCGUUCUGCCCAACUUUAUCGUGUUGCUGCUAAAUUGGCAUUAAAAUGUCAAAAACCUGAUAUUUUUAUCGAUAUCUUAACUCAAGAUACGAAAGAAUUUGCGGAGGCAUUACGUUUUAUAGAAAAAUUGCCAGCUUCUAGUGCCUGUAAUUUUCUUCAAUUAUAUGGAUCUUUAUUGUUGGAAAAUAUUGAAGAUGAGACAAUUAAAAUAAUUAGAAAGUUAAUUGCUGCGAAAGAGGCAAAUCAUAGCCAACUUGUAAAAAUGUUAAUGGGUAGACCUUCAAGAAUGGAAGAGAUAUUUACUGAAUUAAACAUUUCUGGUCAAUUACAAGAUGUACAUCUUCGAAAUGCUUUACUCGAACAACGUUUAAAGCGUUUUGAAAGUGGAGAGGAUUAUUCAAAAGAAGAUGUUGAUGAGAUAUUACAAUUAAUAGGACCUGACAAUUCUGAACAAGCUUUGCUUUUGGAAAAGCGUUAUAAAUGCCCUCCUCUUGUUAUGCAUAUUCUCCGCUUACAGAAUAGGAAAGAGGAUUUAUUACGUUAUUUACUUAACGAGGGCAAUAUUAUUGAGGUUAUUGAACUUUAUGGAGAAAAGGCAUUACGAGAAAUGUGGAUUGAUUUAAUUGGCCAUGUUUGUGCCCGUCCAAAUAAAACAAAAAAGGAUGAUUUGAUUGCGUUAUUGAAAAGGUUAGAAAGUCUUGAUUUAAAAAUUUCUCAAUCUGAUUUACUUCAUCCAUUGGUUGUACUUGAAAUGCUUUCUAAGGAUGACUCACUUCAAGUUGGAGAUAUUCGUGACUAUAUAGUUGCUUGGCUUGAAAGACAGAAUGCUGCGAUCAAAACAUCAGAAAACAAAUUGUCUGAACAACAAAAACGUUUGGAAGGAAUGAAUGCAGAAAUUGAUGAUUUAGAGAAUAAUGUUCAGGUUUUCCAAGUAAGUAAAUGUGCAGUUUGUAAUAAUCCACUCCAAGUGCCGUCUAUUCACUUUCUUUGUCGACAUUCUUAUCAUGCAAAUUGUUUUGAAUCUUAUAGUGGUAAUUCACCAGAUCAGUGCCCAGCUUGUACCGUUUCUGCUAGAAAAAACACAAAAGAACAAGGAACAUCUACUGUCAAACAGCCAAAACAAUUAGUUUAUCAACAAUUUAAAAAUGAGUUAGAAAACUGUCCAGAUGCAAUGGCUUUAAUCUCAGAAUAUAUUGCUAGUGGUGCCUUUAAUAUACAACCUACUGCAAAUGCUCCAGUAAAGUCAAAUAAUCCCUUUGAUGACGACAAUGAAGAUAGCAAUGUUUAA